UAUAAGCUUAGGAAAUCUCUCAAAUCUUUGGAAAAAUAGCCCUGAAAAUGAUAUGUGACUUGAAAUAUAUAUAUAUAUAUAUAGAUAACCAAAUUUGUAGAGGAAAACUCAUCAAUUCUAACCUAUAUAAGUACACCAAUACCACAUCAAGCCCUGUACCAAUCCAAGAAAGGGCCAUGGUUGUGUUUACUUAUGCUGAUGAGUUCACUUCCCCAGUCUCUCCAGCUAGGUUAUUCAAAGCUUUGAUUCUUGAUGCUCGAAACCUCAUUCCGAAAAUCAUCCCUUCAGUUGUUACGAGCAUUGAGAUUGUUGAAGGAGAUGGUCUGUCGGCCGGAAGCAUUAGGAAAAUCAACUUCGUUGAAGGAAGUGAAGUGAAGUGCGUGAAGAAUCUAGUGGAGGAAGUGGAUGAAGAGAAUUUCAUAUAUAGAUACAGUAUGAUUGAAGGAGAAGCAUUGAUAUUGGAGAAGGUUGGGAAGAUAAGUUAUGAGGUUAAGUUUGAAGAAAGAGCAGAGGGUGGGAGCUUAAAUAAGAUGACAAGCAUAUAUUACACAAAGGGUGAUGUUGUGUUGAGCCAAGAAGAAAUUACAGCAGGCAAGGGAAAAGCUUUGGCUAUCUAUAAGAUUGUUGAAGGUUACCUUCUUCAGAAUCCUCAUGCUUAUGCUAAUUAAUAUCUGAUAUUCUCAGUUUUUUUAUGAUUUUUUUUUUCGAGUACGAUGUAAUAUAUGUUAAUCUUGCGUUAAACGAAAAUCAAAACUUAAGUUUAGGGUAAUUGCUGAAGUAAAAUCCGUUGAU